CCUGUUAACUUGAAAGUGCGCCCUCCAUACCAAAUUUGACAACCCUUAAAAAAACUCGGAGAGAGGGUCAUGUCGUGAGAUGAGGACUGAGAAGGCCAAGGGAUAAGAGCGAAGAGGGAGAAAGUUUCCACAAAGUUCGAGCAAUCUGGAGUUUUUUGGUUCUGAAGAUGUCUAGAGCAAGGAACAGGAGAUCUAGUGUUAAAUUAGGGUGUCACUGUUAUUGAGAAGAAGCUGUGAUGAAGCCUAAGAAGGAAACCAGAAAAGUAAGCUCUAAACGCACGACAAGAGCAUCAAAGGCUAAAGAGGAGGAAACACCGUCACUAAAGGCCAAGACUAAAGUCAGCAUCUCAAAGACGAAAUCUGCAAGGACAAAAUCCAGAGAAGAACUAUCUUCCGACAAAGAUGAUAUGAAACAGUCGUCGGGAGUGAAGUCUUCCAAAUCUGCAGCCGGCCAGUCGGCCAAAGAGUCAGAGGAAGCAAAGAAAAGAACGAGGAUUCCCAAGAAAGAUAAAAUAGCUAACGGAGCUGAGGAACAGUUGGAAAAAUCCGGUCGCGCAAGUUGUGAAGAAAAACAGUCAACUGUCAAAAAAGCCUCGAAAAGAAAAGCAGCCGAUGCUGAAGAGAACAACGUCAGAAAGAGGAAGAUUUUAAAGAAGACAGCUGAACUUGAUCGAGAAACCGAGGAGCAAGGAAAGGUUGAUCCAGUGGAGGAAGCUGGUGAUUUGGGCGGAAGUAAAAAGAAAGUCAGAAAACCAAAAAAGCCGAAAGAAACUGUGGAUGUUGGAACCGAAUCUUGCGUUCAGCCAAAGAGGAAAAGAAAGGAAUUGGAUGCGGAGGUUGCCACAACACAAGAGAAAAAGCAGAAAUUGAGCACAGGACUCAAGACGAAGACCAAGAAAUCCGCCAAGGAAACACAGACGAAAAAGGCUGUGGCAAAGAAGGGUGGGGCUAAAAAGGGUGCAGCCAAGAAGGGUGUGGCAGAAGAAGGCGUGGCAGUAGAGGAAGUGGUUGUUAAGGAGGAGGGGAACGAUGAGACUGAAGGCGAGGUGAUUUCUAGGACAAGGACCAAGAAAACAGCCAAGGAGCCAUUGACAAAAAAAGCUGUAGCAAAGAAGGGCGGGGCUAAAAAGGGUGCGGCUAAGAAAGGUGUGGCAGAAGAAGGCGUGGCAGAAGAGGAAGUGGUAAAGGAGGAGGGGAACGGUGAGACAGAAAGUGAGGCGAUUCCAAAGAUGGCCAAAGAGGUUGCAUCCAGGACAGCCAAGUUUGUUGGAGCUCACAUGAGCAUUUCAGGAGGUCUGGACAAAGCCGUCAAAGGUGCUGUAGCCACAGGCUCCAAAGCCUUUGCGUUGUUCCUGCGCUCCCAGCGUCAGUGGGCCGCCAAGCCGCUAGAGGACAAACCCGCCGAGCAAUUCCGCCAGGCCUGCCGGGACCACGACUUCCCCCCUCACUUAAUCCUCCCCCACGGCUCCUACUUAAUGAACUGCGGCUCCCCGAACGACGAGACGCUUCGCAAGUCGCGGGAGGCCCUGGCGGACGAGUUGAAUCGGUGCGAGAAGCUGGGGCUGACACGGUACAACUUCCAUCCUGGGUCUUCCUGUGGCCAGAUCACAGUGGAGGAAUGUCUGGACAAGAUUGGAGAGUCUAUUAACAAAGUGCACCAACAAACAAACAAAGUCAUGACUGUGAUUGAAAACAUGAGUUGUCAAGGGAGCACAAUUGGAGGCAGGUUUGAAGAGCUGAGCGGCAUCAUCCAGAGAGUGACUGACAAAUCACGGAUCGGCGUCUGUCUCGACACGUGCCAUGCUUUUGCAGCAGGUUUUGAUCUGUCAACUGAAGCUGGUUAUGAGAAAAUGAUGUCUGACUUUGAUCGAAUCAUCGGUCUCAAGUACCUCGUGGCUGUUCACCUGAAUGACUCCAAAGGUAAAGUCGGCAGUCAUCUGGACAGACACGAGAACAUUGGCCGUGGACAGAUCGGUCUGAAGGCCUUCCAGCGACUGAUGAACGAUUCACGCUUUGAUAACAUCCCUCUCAUAUUGGAGACCCCAGUUGAGGAUGGUAUGGAUUACUCUAAGGAGAUCAAACUGCUGAACUCACUGAUCGGGAAAACAUGAGCAGCGUUACCUACAUCCCAAUACUUUUUUCCCUCUGAAUUUGAGGUGUUCCUCAGAAACUAAACUACGUCAUAAACAAAAGAAUGGCUUAGUACGCACAGUGAGUGUUGAGAGAUUUAAAA